AUGCUUCUCCAAAAAGCAAGGAACAAAUGGAUUUUGGAGGGAGCUAGUAACUCUAGUUUUCUGCAUAAUAGCAUUCACAUUCACAUUCGUAGAGGUAAUAACACUAUUUUCGAGCUUGUGGAUGAUGCUGGUAAUACUAUCACAGAUGGGGAUCAAUUGUGCCAACAUGUUGUAUCUUAUUAUGAGAACAAGUUUAAUGGUGUGGAAAUGCCGGUUGAAGAUCAGAUUUUUGAUUACGAUCAUUUGUCUAUUACUUUGGAGGAACAACAGCGUAGGGACAGUUUUCCUACGGUGGAGGAGAUUCAAAAGGUUGUUUUUGAUUUAGGGGCUCAAAGUGCUCCGGGUCCUGAUGGUUUCUCGGGUUGUUUCUAUAGGCAUUGUUGGGAGAUUAUCCAACAUGAUUUAUUUGUAGCAAUUCUUUUUUGUUGGCAACAUAAAUUUACUCCUAGUGGGGCUAAUUCGAGUCUUAUUAUUCUCCUGGCAAAGGUUAGAGGAGCUAAUUCUCUUUGGAAUUUUAGACCUAUUGGCCUUAGUAAUUUAUUUUUCAAGAUCUUUACUAAAAUUUUAACUACCAGACUGGGAAGUGUUUUGGAAAAACUUGUCUCUGAGGAACAAGUGGCUUUCAUGAAAGAGAGAAAUAUUCACGAAAAUAUGAGCUUGGCCUCUGAGAUGGUUAAUGAGCUUCAUAUUAAAAGCAAGGAUGGCGAUUUGGGAAUGAAAUUGGAUAUUUAUCAGGCUUUUGAUACUGUUAGUUGGUCUUUUUGUUUGGAGGUGCUCCGCAGGUAUGGUUUCUCUGAGGAUUGGUGUACAUGGAUCCUUUCUAUCUUACAAUCUGCUCGUAUUUCUGUUCUUUUAAAUUUCCAUCUGGAAGGGUUCUUCAAAAUUAAUAGAGGUUUACGUCAAGGUGAUACCCUUUCUUCCUUGAUUUUUGUUUUGAUUAAAGAUGUCCUUAGCAGGAACAUUUCUAAGCUUUUUAAGGAGAAGAAAAUGUCACCAAUGGUUACGAGAAAUGGUAUUUCCCCUACUCAUUUAUUCUUUGCUGAUGAUAUUAUGAUUUUUUGUAAAGGAAAUAUGAAAAGUAUGAAAAAUAUGGUUUCUUUACUAGAGCAGUAUCAUCGUGUUUCCGGGCAAACCGUUUGCAGGCAAAAAAGUAAAAUUUUUUAUGAUGGGGGGUCUUUGAGUAGACGGAGAACUAUUGUUGAUUUUCUUGGUAUGAGUCUUGCUUCUUUUCCUGAUCGUUAUUUGGGAGUGCAAAUCAUGCCAGGGGCGGUGAGAUAUAGACAUAUAUGUACUGUCAUUUAUAAAAUAAAAAAUCAAUUAGCUGUCUGGAAAGGUAAAAUGCUUUCGUUCCAGGAUAGACUGUGUGCUUGUUAA